UAGUACUGUAGUUCAGCACGGUAUAGCGAAUAGAAAAAAUAUAAAAUAGAGAAAGAGAAUUGCUGCGAGGAAACGGGACAUCGAUGUGCGCAACAGAGAAAAAAAUAAAGAAUUGUAAAAUUAUACGGUGGGGGUUUUCACUGGUGCUACGCGUUGGGACGCUCAGUUGCUGUGCGACAGUUGAAAUGCGCGCUACUUGAAAUAAUUUUUCAAAUAUAUAUCUCAUUAAAAAAUGCAACAAUAUACUUUACGCGCCAAGUUUUAAAACAAUUAAUAUUAUGAUUUCAAUAUUUUAAUAGUAUUCUUGGACGCAUAGUGAUAGUGAUUAAAUUAUUUUUCUAAUUUAUAUUAUUUAAAUUAGAAAUUUUAUUUUGAACAAUAAAAAAAAAUUUGUGAAAAUUUAAUUUACAGUUUUACUAAUAUUGUGAAAGUGAAUUUAUUGUUAUUGUUUUUUUUAAAUAAAUCUUUAGUUUCGUUAAAUAUUAUUUUAACAAACUAAAGACUACAAAUGAUAUUUACAAAAAGGAAAAUAAUUUUAAUGCAAUUGGAAUAUUAAAAAGUUUAUAGAAAAAAAACAUAAUUAUUUAUGUUGAUAAUUUAUUUAUGUGUUUAAAUUGUGAAAUAAUAAUUCUAAUGGAUUUAUGUCGUGUUAUUUUAUGUGAUUUAAAUAUUGUGUUGCAUUUUUAAAAUCACCACAAGCAAUUAUAAAAUAAUAAGUUUUUUUUUUUUUUUAUAAAUUACAAAGAGUGAAAAGUGAAACAGCAAUGUUAACAUUUCGAUGAAAUUUGUUAUUAUUUAAAAAAAAAAUAUAUAUUUUUUUAAAUUGUGUAUCAAACGUGAAGCAUUGAUAACCUCAGUAAAAUACUGGAUAUAUAUCGUGAAUGGCUUUUAUUUAUUUUUAAAUAAAAUCCACAAAUUUGAAACGUGGAUAAAAAAAUAACAAAAAAAUAAAUAUUAUUUGCAAAAAUAUGGAUACGAACAGGACACCUAUGAUCAUGAAAUUUUCAUUGAUAAAUUUGAUGCUGCUUUUGUGCAUUGCAUUAACACGAGUACAAGCAGCUGAAGAGACACAAGUUGAUACACACGAAGGUUCAACAGUAUUAUUACAGUGUCGUUUUCCACCAGUACAUGAAAAUGCAACAUGUUUUUGGUUAACCCAUACAAAUAAUGUACAUGACAAUGCAGCAAUUGAUGACAAAUCAUUAUCACCAAAUUAUCGUGUUGACAUGAAUUUAAUUGAAGGACGUUAUGAUCUUGAAAUACGUGAUGUAUCAUAUGAACGUAACAAUGGUAAAUACGAGUGUCGUGUUAAAGUUAGUGGUAGUGGUGUUAAUUUAUAUCAUAAAAAUGUAACAUUAACUGUACUACGUCCACCUGGUGUACCAACAAUAACACCAUCAUCACCAUCAGCAACAGAAGGUAAACGUAUGGAAUUACAAUGUAAUACAUACGGUGGUAGUCCAGAACCAGAAAUAAAAUGGUAUCGUGAAAAUUCAUAUAAAAUAUUACACAAUGGUCCAAUUUUAAGUUUAGAACCAACAAAAAAUGAUGAUUCAGCAAAAUUAACAUGUAUUGUACGUAAUCGUGCAAUGUCUGCUGGACAAACAUUAAAUGCAACAACAAAAUUAAAUGUUAAUUAUUUUCCACGUGUAUCAGUUGGUCCUGAAAAUCCAUUAAAAGUAAAAGUUGGUGAUAAAGCAACAAUACAAUGUAUGGUUGAUGCAAAACCAAUUGCAAAUCGUGUUAAAUGGACAAGAGAUGGUAGUUUUAUUGCAACAUCAUUUAAUCAUACAAUACCACAUGUUACAUUACAAGAUGCUGGUAAAUAUCGUUGUGAAGCUGAUAAUAAUAUUGGUAGAGCUGGUGAAUCAUCAUUACAAUUAGAUGUAUUAUAUCCACCAACUGUUAUCAUUGAAGGUGAUAAAGUACGUGUUGCUGAAGUUGAAGAUACAAUAAAUGUACAUUGUAAUGUAACAGCAAAUCCAUUACCAACAGUAAUUGAAUGGAUACGUGAAGGACGUCCAGAAUUUCGUGAAAAUGGACCAUUACUUAGAUUAACACGUGUUACAUCUGAUCAUGCUGGUAAAUAUACAUGUAGAGCUGUUAAUUCAAUACAUCCAAGUGGUAGUGAAGUUAGAACACAUCAAGGUGAAGCAACUGUUACAAUAUUAGUACGUCAUAAACCAGGUGCUGCUAAAAUAACACCAGAUUCACCAGUUGCAAUUGAUGGUACAAAAGUUAUAUUAGCAUGUAUGGCAAAUCCAUCUGGUUAUCCAGAACCACAAUAUAAAUGGUGGAAAGAAGGUGAUGAUGGUCCAAUACCACUUGAAACAUCUGGUGAAAGAUUUGUCAUUGAUUCAGUACAUCUUGGUAGUGAUGGUACAUAUAAAUGUCAUGCUAUUAAUGAAAUUGGUACUGGUGAAACAGCAUCUGUUAGACUUAUUGUACAUCAAGCACCAAAAAUAUUAACAAAAUUACAACCACAAGUUACAAGAAAAGUUGGUGAAUCAUCAUUUAUGGUAUCAUGUAUUGCACAAGGUAAACCAAUGCCAGAAGUACACUGGUUAAAAGAUGAUAUGGAGCUAACUGCUGAUGAAAGUCUUUAUAAAGUUAGUACAAUACCAUCAGCUGGUCAUGGUAAUGUUAUAACUGUUAAUUCAACAUUAAGUUUUCUUGGUCAUGCACGUCCACAAACAGAUAAAAUUAUUGCAAAUGAUCGUGGUAAAUAUACAUGUGUAUUUUCAAAUGAAGUUAAAAAAAUUGAAUCACAAAUGAUGCUUAAAGUUGAACAUCCACCAAUAAUAUUACAUAGCCAUUCAAAAGUUGCAUAUCAACUUCAUGAUAUUGCUGAAGUUACAUGUAAAGUACAAGCAUGGCCAAAACCAGAAUUUCAAUGGAGUUUAGGUGAUAAUGCUGUACAUUUACAAGGUUCAUCAAGUGAUGGACAUUAUGAAAUUGGUACAACAAGUGAAAAUGAUGAUAUUUAUACAUCAAUAUUACGUAUAUCAAAUAUUAAAAAUUCUGAUUAUGGUGAAUAUAAUUGUCGUGCUGCAAAUGCACAAGGUAAUAUUGUAUCAAUAAUAACAUUACAAGAAAAAGGAGCACCAGAAAAACCAAGUGAUUUAGAAGUUAUUGAAAAAGGACCAACAUAUGUUACAUUAUCAUGGAAAGAUGGUUUUGAUGGUGGUGUUAAAAUAACAAAAUAUUAUGUAUCAUAUAGACGUAUUGCAAAUAGUGAUGAACAAAUAUCACCAGAUUGUGCACCACCACGUACACCAGCAAAUGAAUGGGUUGAAUUUAAUGAAUGUCAUCAAUCAAAUCCUUGUAAUAUAACAAAUCUUGAACAAUUACAAACAUAUGAAUUCAAAGUUAAAGCUGUUAAUACUAAAAAUUCAUCUGAUUAUUCUGAUGGUAAAAAAUUCUCAACAGAAGUUGCUAAAAUUCCAUCACCACAACGUGUUAAUUAUGAUCCAGAAAGUGGUAUGUUAACAAUUAAAGUUGGACCAACAUGUUUAACAUUAUCAGCAUGGAUUGAAAAAUUAUAUGAUAAUAGUAAUGGUAAAUGGGAUUCACCAAUUGUAUGGGAAAUUGGUAGUGCACCAACACAAAUUGAAAAUAGUAUACCUGAUUCAGAAUUAUCAAAUGGAAAAUUAAGAUUUAGAGUUAGACUUUGUCUUUCUAAAAAUAGUCAAAAAUGUGGUGAAUGGCUUGAAGCUGAAAUUGGACCAUCGUAUAUUGCACAAACUGGAGCUUUGACAACACCGACUCUCAUUGUUAUGGUCGUCUGUGCAACAGUACUUCUUUUAUUCUUAAUAUUGACACUAGUAUUCUGUCGAUGUCAAAAAAAAAAUGCUGCCAAAGCAAAAGACUAUGAAAUGGACUCCAAUGCAGUACGUCCAAGUUUAGUAACUGGAAAUGGACAACAAAAUCAAGCACCACCACCAUACUCAGAGAACAAAGCAAUGGAACACAGCAUGGAUCAUGCACUUGCAAUGGAAGAUGCUAAAACACCAGCCUAUGCACAAACAGGAUAUGGAUAUCAUCAUCAAGCACCUCACAAUAUUAAUGGUGUCAAUAUGGGAUAUCUUGACAAUAGCUAUUCAAAUUCAAACAAUGGUGGUUCAGUUAACUCACAAGAUUCAAUUUGGCAAAUGAAACAAGCACCACCAAACGGUGUAAAUCCACAGUAUGAUCUUGGUGGAUAUGUUCCAGAAUCAGAUUAUCCAGCCCACCAGCAUUAUCUACCACAACGUGAGGAUUAUCGUGAAAGCCACAACUUGAGCCGUCAACAAUUUUGCCCUGAGCCUUUUGCAACUGUUGUUAAAUCCCAGAAUCCAAUAGAUUCACAAUACGACGUGUCAGGACUACCAUACAGAGAGGCAUAUGAUGAGGAUGUUAAACCACCACAACAAGUUAGUUUAUCGUAUGAUGAAAGUCUUGAAUCUGGUUAUUCAACACCAAAUAACCGACGUCCAAGAAUAAUAAGAGAAAUAAUUGUCUGAGAUCAACCAACCGGUUCGCGAGCCGGUAAAUCGCAUACAACUUGGCUCUAGCAGCAGGCCCCCCCUUUCCAUCAUCAUCAUAUGGAAAUUGUUAUUGAAAAUCCAACUGAUGCUGGAUCAUCGUUAUCACCACCACCACCAUCAUCAUUACCACAAACAACAACAUCAACAUUAUUAUUACCACAAUCAUCAUCAUCAUUAACAUCAUUAUCAUCACCAUCAUCAACAUCGCCAUCAAAUCAUCCACAAAAUCAUUAUUACGGUACAUUACCAAUGCGUAAAAGACCACAAUUAAUAAAACAACAACAACAACAUGAUUUUGAUUUAUCAACAUCAGUUAGACGUGUUGAUAAAUCUGGUUUACUUGAAAUACCAGAACCAGAACCACAAAGAUCAACACGUCCAACAACACAUUUAAUUGAUCGUAUGUGUCAACUUGAAGCUGUACCAGAAGUGCCUGAUCAUAUAUAUUCACAAAGUCCAGAAUUAAAUAAAUUAACACGUUGUAAUAGUGAUAAUUUACGUUUAACAAGAUCAAUUAUUGAACGUCAUUUAACUGGUGCUGAAAUUGAUAAUAAUAAUAAAAUUGAUAAUAAACAAUAUCAAAAUACAAUAACAUUAUCACCAAAUUUAUCAAUUCAAAAACAACAAAAAUUAUUAACAGAACAAACAAAUAAUUUUAUUCAUCAUCAUCAUCAUCAACAACAACAUAAUAAUCAUAAUCAUAAUCAUGGACAACAAACAAUUAAAAAAUUUGAUUGUAAUAAUAAAAAUUUAAUGGAUAUUGAUGAUAUUAAAUAUAAAAAUAUAUCAACAAAAUAUUUACCAAUUGAUACAAUUGGUAAUAAUUCAAGACAGUCAUCAUAUGUUGAUUUAACAGGGGCAACUUAUACAAAAAGUACAGGCAAUAAUUUAUCAUCAUCAUCAUCAUCAUCAUCAUCUAAAGUAACAUUGUCAAAUAAUUGUGAUGAUAUUAUAGAUAAACAAAAACAAUCACCUGAUUGCCUUAGUAAAUACAGUCCAAAGUCAAUAAAUGAUAAUAAAAAAAUAAUACAAACAUCGUCAAUACCAGAUGUCAUUGAAGCACAUGGAUCCAAAGUUGUAAAUUGUGAUAAUAAUGGUAAUGAUAAUGAUGAUAAUAAAAAUAUACCAAGGGGUGAAAGAGCCGAAGCUGAAGGAUGUGAACAUACUGCCAUUGAAAGUUCUGAGGAGGCAAGAGUCUCAUUUAAAGCAUCAAAUAAAUUACUUCACAAUGACAACAUACAAACAUUACGUGUGAUAAUACUCUCAGAACAAUUGUGAGAAUUGUGAUUAUCUCUUAUUAAUUUUAUUAUAUAAAAAUUUUAAAUUUCAUUUUUAAUAAUUAACUUAAUAAAACGAAAAAAAUAAUUAAUUUGAAGACACUUUUUAACUUUUUUUUAAUUUUGACUUGUUAAAGCAAUAUAGUGUAUUUUUUUUAUUAUUAUUUUUUUAAUUAUUUUUAUUUGUUUAGUGUUUUUAGACAAAUUUUUUUUUUUUCUUCAUCUUGUUCAACAGAAUGAAUAAAAAUGUGCAAAUUUUUUUUAUGUAUGAAUGUGUAUUAUUGUACAGUGAAAGAGUGAAUAUAUAAAAAAAAAAAAAAAUCAAUUUAUUUGUACAGAUUUUUUAAAAUAAUAAUUAUUGUAUCGAGACUUGGGAUGAAUGAUAAAUCACCGGAACAUUAAAGCUGAUGAUGCCACAAGAAGCCAUAUAAAACAAAAUAUAGAGUGCAGAAAAAAAAAAUAAAUAAAGUGAAACAAACAAACUCAAAAGAACAAAAAAUAAAAAUAAAAUAAAAACUAUAGAUAGUAUGAACUACUUAAUAAAGAAUUAAGAAAAAAAAUUCACGUAAGAAAAAAAAACUGCCACGGCAGAGUCGACAUACUUAAUGUAUUUUUGAAGAAAUAUGAAAGAAAAAAAGAAAAAAAAAUAAAUGAAAUAUAUAUAUGAAUGACAAAGUUUUUAUUCACUGAAACUAAAAAAUGUAUACGUCUGGCACGAGAAUAAGUUAUUCGUCAAAUGAAAUCGAGCAUUUACUACUGAGCUAAAGAUAGUCCAUUUAAAAACCGAGUAUUUUAAAUUAAAAAAACUUGAAUUAUAUUUUUUUUAAUUUAAAAUACUUUUUUUUUUUUUUUUUUUCAUUUAGUUUGCAUAAUUUAAACUUAUAGUUAUACAGUUAAUUUCGAGUUUAACUGAUUAGUAAAGUUUAUGGUUGACGUGUUUAAAAUAUUUUUGAUAUUUACAUACCUUAGGUAUUUGGUAUCAUCAAACUACGAGAAUAACAAGGUAAUAACCUCCUUCUCAUCACCCUUGCAAUGUUGAAUUUUCUUAAAUGCUUAUUAUUGACACAAGUGCAACACAAAACAGCAAGUCAAAGUGUUUAUAUUUUAAAUUGUGGGAGUUGAAUGUUUAGUAAAGGUAGAAAAGCUACAAGCAACGUGCUUUGAAUAUCAACUUUAAAACAAAAGCGCUGUUCUACAAAACUAUUCGAACUUGAGACAGAAUAUAUAUUGUAUAAAUAAAAAAGUAACAAGAGUAAUGUAACUUUGGUAUGUCUUGAAAAAAAAAAAAAAAAACAAAAA